AUGUCUUUAACAAACUGUCGGUUCUAUGAGGACAAGUAUCCGGAGGUGGAUAGCUUCGUCAUGGUCAAUGUCAAGCAGAUCGCCGAGAUGGGCGCAUACGUGAAGCUGCUUGAAUAUGACAACAUCGACGGCAUGAUUCUCCUCUCAGAACUCUCUCGCAGACGUAUUCGCAGUAUCCAAAAGCUCAUCCGUAUUGGGCGCAACGAGGUCGUCAUCGUGCUUCGUGUCGACAAGGAGAAAGGUUACAUUGAUCUGUCGAAGCGACGUGUCUCUCCCGAGGAUGUCAUCAAGUGCGAGGAACGUUACAACAAGAGCAAGGCAGUGCACUCCAUCAUGCGCCACGUCGCAGAGGCGACUCAGACCCCCCUCGAGACCCUAUACGAGAACAUCGGGUGGCCUUUGAACCACAAAUACGGCCACGCGCACGAUGCCUUCAAGAUCUCCAUUACGAACCCCAACGUCUGGGAUGAGAUUACCUUCCCCAGCGAUGCCGUCAAGAGUGAGCUGCAGCAAUACAUCAACAGCAAGCUGACCCCCCACCCUACCAAGGUCCGUGCCGAUAUCGAGGUUACCUGCUUCGGUUACGAUGGAAUCGAUGCCGUCAAGGAUGCCCUCCGUACCGCUGAGGCCGACAACACCCCUGAGAACCAGAUCAAGGUCAGACUGGUGGCUCCUCCUCUCUACGUCCUGGCCAGCCAAUGUCUCGACAAGACCCUCGGUGUUAAGUUGCUUGAGGAGGCCAUCGUGAAAAUCGAAGAGCGUAUCAAGGCGAACGGCGGUAGCUGCACCGUGAAGAUGGCACCCAAGGCCGUCACUGAGCACGACGAUGCGAUCCUCCAGGAGCUUAUGGAGAAGCGCGAGCGUGAGAACACCCAGGUCAGCGGAGAUGAGGACUCCGAAAGUGAUGAGGGUGUUCCCGAGUAAGCUACGGGUUAUAACUCCGAGUCGAGGGGCAUACAGCGGUCAUCAGCGCUGGAAUCCAAAGCUGGAAUCACCGCUAGAGGAGAGUUGGGCAAAAAUGGAUAGAAAAAAGCUUGCACAUAUCGGAGAAAGGCUCAAUGGCUCAGUGUGCUGAUGGGCAGGAUUGCAGUCAGAACUCGCCCUUUAGCCAGGGCAGUCGCCUGAACUUCGGGUCUGGGGAUGAUUUAUCCACGCCUGUGUAUUCGCUGCAUGCCAAUUGCGGUCGAAAUCCUCGUGCCCACCGUCUGUCAAAGACUCUGGGUCCACACAGGGUGCAAGUUCUAAUGCACAUAAUGUUUGCGAUGCAACCGAGACGUUCAAUGCCAGUCAUGCUUUUAAAAUGCAAAUCGUACC